AUGGCGGGCUACGACGACGAUUCCUACGACGCGCGCAAGCGAAAGAGAUCCGUAUCCCCAGCCAAGACCGGUAGGAACGGCAAGAGACGCGAAGACGAGAGCGAUCAACUCCCCCAACCUUACAAUGCGAAGGAGCUCCAGCCUGCGAAGAGGCGCGCGGUCUCUCCUUCCGAACAGCCGCGCAAGCAGAAGAGACCCGGCGCCCGCGCUCGCAUCUCCGAGACCGAAAGAGAAGCCAUCCGCCAACGAGCCCUAGACCGCGAAAAGGCCCAGGAGGCCCAAUCCUACGCCGAGCUGGAGCGCCAGCGCAACAUCAACGACGUCGUCACGCAACACUACAACAGCGUACCCGAGCGCGGCAGGGACUGGAGACGCACCGACAGCAAGAUCAAGGGGCUGCGCGCAUUCAACAACUGGAUCAAGAGCUGCAUCAUCCAGAAGUUCUCCCCCGACGAAGACCACACACCCGGCUCCCGCGAGCAGGGCGUAUCAACGGGCGAAAAACUCCUGGUGCUCGAUAUUGGUUGCGGAAAGGGCGGAGACCUGGGCAAGUGGCAGCAAGCGCCGCAGCCCGUGGAGCUCUACGUCGGUCUCGACCCCGCAGACAUCAGCAUCGACCAGGCGCGAGAGCGCUACCGCCAGAUGAGCAGCCGUGGCGGAGGUGGCAGAGGCGGACGCGGAGGACAUAGGCGACCUCCCCCGAGACUGUUCGAAGCGCGCUUCCACGUGAAGGACUGCUACGGCGAGUCCAUCGAGGACAUUGAGGUUGUGCGCCAGGUCGGAUUCGACACGAACCCCCUCAGCCGCCGCGGCUUCGACGUCGUCAGCAUGAUGUUCUGCAUGCACUACGCCUUCGAGACGGAACAAAAGGCCCGUAUGAUGCUUCGCAACGUUGCCGGCUCGCUGAAAAAGGGCGGCCGCUUGAUCGGAUGUAUCCCCAACUCGGACGUCCUGGGCGAGCGCGUCCGGGAAUUCAACCAGAAGGCGGAAGAGAGGAAGAAGCAGGCCGCCGAGGAGCCGCCUGCGGAGGCCGAGGAGGGCGAGCUGGAGGAGGGCGAGGCGGACCAGUCGGCCGAGUGGGGCAACUCCAUCUACCGGGUACGCUUCCCUGGCAAGACCCCUGAGGAUGGUGUCUUCAGGCCGGCCUUUGGCUGGAAGUACAACUUCUUCUUGGACGAAGCUGUUGAAGAGGUCCCGGAGUACGUGGUGCCUUGGGAGGUUCUGAGAGCUCUGGCUGAAGACUACAAUCUUGAGCUGCAGUACCACAAGACCUUUAUGGAGAUCUGGGAGUCGGAGAAGGAUGAUGAGACUCUUGGGCCGCUGAGCGAGCGGAUGGGUGUGCGUGAGCGCGGCGGAGGAAAGCUGAUGGUGUCACCUGAGGAGAUCGAGGCGGCAAGCUUCUACACUGCGUUUUGUUUCUAUAAGGUGUAG